UGCCCUCUUUCCACGUCAGGGAGAAUCUCACCCUCUUGUGCGGUACCUGAGAGCCGCGCAGUGUUGCCUACCGCGCAGAGAGCACAACACUUGCCGUUAAACAUAUUUUUACUAACGUUUCAUUUACCAUUUGUGUGUGUUUCUUUCUAAAAGCCAUUAUCGCCGUUACCGUACCUAAUGUGUAUCCUAGAUUAUUAUAUGACGUAUAUCAUCCGUAAGGUUAGGGUGUAACGCUACAAGGAGAUAUCUCUCGAUUGUCGACGUCGUCCUCGUCAUCGCCGCCGCGAAUCGCGUGUUCCGGAGAACUGGGUUAUAGGUAUCGAAUGAAUCGUCUCACAUAUCUAGGCUCAUAUCGACUAUCCCUUGUAAAUAGUAAUUUUGGAUAAUUACUCAAAAUAUGAACAGUCGUUGUGAUCAUAAUCGAGGAUUAUGAGGAUGAUGAUGAUGAUAACGACGAUAAUAAUAAUAAUAACGGCAACACAAUAGCCACGGGGAUCUCUCUUAAACGGUGCCUAUAAAUGAUUCAAUAAACUAGUGCCUAAAUCGUAUGUGCAAUAAUAAAUACAUUGAUUCGCUUGAUCGAUCUGACAGUCAACAUCAUAUGUACCGUAUAUGUGUCUAUAUACGUAGAUACAUAUAUAUGUGUAAUUCUAGUGUUCAUUUACGGUAUAAGUAUCGUUACGGCCAACUAUGAGGAUUGAUUCGUAAGCUGCCGGUCUAUAAACAACUACGGACGGUCUUGUCGAUUACAUUUUGACAAAUAAUGGAAGUUGCCAUAUGCUAUCGAACCUGAUCGCGAACUUUUCAAGGUUCUGCGCUUUGGUACGCGUCACGUUCGUAUUCGUUCGGUUGUAACUGUCGUUUCGUCAGUGAUGUCACACUUAAUGCUAUGCAAUCUUGGAAAUAGUUCGAAUACGGGAAAUGACACAAACAACAACGCGAACACCAAUAGCAGUAUGGAAGAUGACGACUCGUACCCACUACCUACGAUUUAUCGGUGUCGUGCUCCGAUAGCGAGUUUGGAUUGCAUGGAAGAAUUUAAUGCCGGUGGUGGCGGCGGAGAUUCUGGAGUAAACUGCAGUACCACGGCAGGGACUAAGGAACAAUUGCUGACCAACUGCAUUGCUGCACAGGCACAACGCUUACAGCAUCCUUCGCCAGGUAUUCGCUACCGCAACUUGGGCAAAAGCGGUCUACGUGUUUCCAAUGUUGGAUUAGGUACGUGGACAACCUUCGGCGGCGUAGGAGGUUGCAGUAGCGAGGAAACAGCGGAAGCUGUUGUGGCUCUGGCAUACGACAGUGGGAUUAACGUGUUCGAUCUGAGUGAAGCCCAUAGCGGACAACGCGCAGAGAUACAAUUGGGACGCAUCCUUUUACGUCGUGCUUGGAAUCGUUCCAGCUAUGUCGUUACCACAAAGAUAUACUGGAAUACCAAGACCGAAGGACGGGGCUUAUCUCGCAAGCACAUAAUCGAAUCCGUGCAAGCGUCUUUAGUCAGAUUACAACUAUCUUAUAUUGACAUAGUCAUGAUUCAUAAAGUUGAUCCAAUGUGCCCGAUGGAAGAAAUAGUACGUGCUAUGAAUUACGUAAUAAGUAAAGGUUGGGUGAUGUAUUGGGGUACGUCGCGAUGGUCCCCUGUGGAAAUCAUGGAGGCUUAUACGAACUGCAGGCAGUUCAAUUGCGUCACUCCGAUCGUCGAGCAGGCGGAGUACCAUCUGUUUUACAGAGACAAACCAGAGCUUUACAUGCCAGAGCUGUACAAUAAAAUUGGAGUCGGUCUAAUGGCAUGGUCGACUGUAACAAUCGGGAUGGUCUCUGCGAAACCCGAUGACUCCGGAAUGUCUUUCCUUUCUAGAUCGUCAUACAAGAAUAAGUAUUCCUCGUUCAGUUGGACCGAGGAUGAAACCCAAUCUUUGUACAAAGAGGAGUACGCGUGGAAAGAUAAGACCGUCGACGAGGAAGCGCGCAAGUACUCGGACAAACUGAGGGACGUUUGCGCCCUGGCUGAGAGAUUGGGAUGCUCCUUUGGACAACUGGCCAUCGCCUGGUCCUUAAAGAACGAAAGUGUACAGUGCCUUCUUCUCGGAGCCUCCAACAUAGAUCAACUGUACGAGAGUUUACAAAGUUUGCAGCUCAUUCCAAAGCUCAAUGCAAACAUGAUGAACGAGAUCGAGAGAAUACUCGACAACAAACCGUCCCGGCCUCCAAUGGUGUCCACUCUGGCGCUUAGAUGACAAUCGAUUUGCCCCCACGGUGCCGGUGGGGGCUCCCUUGAAGAGGGUGGUAGUCCGAAGAGCGAGGGCGGCCACAGUCAGGAUCACGAACAGACCAAAGAAGUCAACAACAAGCUUCCUUUCUGCGAGAUACAAUGAAGAGAUAAUUUCAAUUGUUUCUUUGACACUCUGGCUGAUGCAACAAAAAUCUUUCUAAUCUGCCUGGCACUUGGCGACAAUUAAGACGAUUACGAAGGACGUGUAAGGGAGGAAGAACUUGCACGUUUAUGCAUAAUUGGUCAGCUAUGAAUACGAAUUCUCGAAGUUUGAGGCUGUUUGAGAAGUGGACCAGAUUUUGGUCUUUAGUAUUUUGAACAAGUUCCACUUGGUCUAUGCUUACGAGUGGGCUAACUGGAAUUGGUGAUAAGCUCAAGCUGGUUAAGGAAAUUUCAAUAAGGAUAUACGAGUAUUUAUGAAGUUGCGGAUUUACGAGUAGAAUUUUAAAAAACGCUUGCUUCGAUUGGUAUAUUCUUUCAUGGGUGAUGAAUCUCGAAGUAAUUCAAGUUUUCUAGUCGAAUCAUAAACCUGCGAUAUUUUGAAAAAUAUUAACUAUUCCUAUUGGAAAUGUGAUUUCAAUGAAUCGUGCAAUUUCCGAAUAACGCCAGCGACUGAAAUCGAACAACUUGUAGAUUUCGAUAGGGACGACGAUGAUAAAAUUUAACGUCGUCUCGCGUUGUUUGCCAAUUUUUACGAUCGAAAUAUUCGUUACAAUUACGUAUUAAUUGAUACGAAAAAAAAAAAUCCAAUAAAUUGUCACAAGCGAGAUACGAUUUUUUAAUGUCAGCCAUGUAUUUGCUACCGAUAUUAAAUAGUGCACGACAGAAUGCAGUACCGUAAUGUACAUGGCGAAUGCCAUGGUAAAAUAAUUACAAAUUCACAUAAAAGACAAUUAAAUUCAUAGACACUCUUUCUAGGGCAUUUCCAUGAAAUGGCAAUUCUCACCAAAAAAAAGUACGUAGUAUGAUACACGGACGAGAUCUUUUCCUUAAGAGACAUUUUUCAAGCUACUUCACUUUAGGUAGAUAUAGCGAAUUACGAUCACGAGGAACAUGUUAAGGCGUCAUCCUUAUCCUUCGGGUACUAUAUUUUCAAUAAUUCGGUGCUCAGACUCAGACGAAUCUAGAGUAAAGAAUACGAAAAGUCGAUCGACGAUAAUAUUCAAUUUAAACAUGAUAAAGUAGGUUGCCCAAAAUUCACGACAGAUCUAGAUAACGGAUAACGAUAGAAUUAAUAACAAUGAAGAUUCUGUAUUCUCCUGGAACACACAUAAGAGUGUAUAAGUCUACGCGCUUAGCGCAAUGUUAAUAAAAUAUACAUACCUCUCGGGCAUCGUAUACAUAUACUUUUUACUGGACGUAAUACGACACGGAGAAAAAAAAUAUUGAAAAUUAAAAACAUAUAUUUACACCAGGGCCAAUGACAUUUGAGCAAAAACCUUCUAUCGUUAUGUCUAUAUUAUUAUACACGUACACAAUUAGUCCUUCUCAAAAUAGUCUCCACAAUAUGCAUACCUAACAUAAGUGAGUUAUCGACGCAACUUCCGUAAUCAACUUUUUCAGAUUUUAACUACUCGACACAUUCAACUUACUCACGUUAGAUUAGAGGUACGUCCUCUCCUAAUUUUCAUAUAAUUCGACAACUUGCUACAGAAUCUCACGGAUCAGAGUUGGCUUACGACAGUUAGUCCUUAAUGACGUUAAUAAAUUCUUACCAAAAUUGUUAUAAUUAGUGAUGCAUCCAGAUCGGUUGCAAGCUUAAAAUCUCUUUAGAGGUAUAGACACAUACGUUAUGCCUUUGCUAUCAUUACACAAUUCCUAUUUAUCUAGUUUUACAAAUUACCUAAUAAUCAUAAUUUAAGAGACAAGUUUAUUAUUGGAAUCUGCUCACCUCUCCGUCUCAUCUCCCAUAUCCUUGAUCCUUAUCGAUUAUCCAUUUUUUGAUCUUUUCUCUCUAUUCUCGUUGACAUAUAAUUUUUUCUAUUUUUUCUUUUUUUUUUUUUUAUAAUCAUUUAAUGAUGAUGUUUGCUACUGAUAAUAAAACAGCUGACGGUAUUACGUAUUUCACAAGAAUGUAUUUACUGCGGAAUGUUUCGAAAAGUCAAACUUUUGUCAAGAUCAUUGCUUCAUAAUUCGGCUGGACUAUCCUUUAAAUCAAUUGUAACUUUGGGAUACGUUAAUAAGAUUGAAAGUCAGACAGACAACAAAGAACACAUUAUUCAUUCAUAACGAUUAAAUCAAUUAUACUGUCCAAUGGAUUUUCAAGCAAUUACUGACCGGGAUAUUUGCGCUCAUAAUUCUAAUGUUCUACGAUGUUCUAUAACAUCUAUAUAGAUUCGAGGUAAAACUGUGCUCAACGCUUUAGAGUUACCGAUUGGAUAAUUAACAACGAAUUGCGAAUAAAUGAAUGAGAAUAAUACGUUACAGUGUAAAAUUCGGUGUCAAAGAGAAGCUUUUUGCUUUUGAAAAUUGCUACGAUUUUCCUAGAGCUUUGAUUGCGUAGAAGAAAAAGGUGAAUUUGAAAAAUUAAAACGAACCAAAAGUUUGAGAUGCGAUGAUACCUUACCCGAGAUACUCAAGUCGACCGCAGAAAAAUCCUACAGAAAUUAUUAACUUUAACCCCGAUGUUCAAAAAAGCAUUGACAAGUUUAUACAGAGAAGCUGAAAGUCCGCGACAAGCAAAAGUAGCACGACAGUAGCGUACCAGUCAGGAGUAAAACUCCCAUUGAUGUUUUCUAUAGGAAUAAUAUUCGGCAUACAAUUUGUCAUUCCUAAAACUUGCAGUGCGAUUGGAUUUUUACGUGAACGUUAAUUGUGAUAUACACGAAAUUUAUUUAACUUGGGACUUUCAGUUUACCUCGUAGCAACUUUUUGGUAAUAUUUUUUCAAAAACAAAGUUCGAGUUAGCAACUUCUCUACGACUUCCUUCGGACCAACUUUUGUUUAUUGGGUAACUCUGCUAUGGUGAGAUUGGAUGUCACAAUAAUGCUAUACAGAAAUUACAUUACAUUAUACGCAUUGCAUUGCACUGAACAGUGCAAAAGAGAUAAAUUUGUACAUUGUAAUUGUCGUAAUACGCGAUUACUUUUCUACCUACGGUAAAGAUUUUCAUGACCUGUGAGAAUUUUAUAGAAGUUGCGUACGAAUGUCGUUUUAUAUCUUUUAAAGCAUCCUUGAACAACUUCACUCUCAUACUCCUUUCAACGUGAAUAAUCUUGGUUUAUGCACAUCAAAAGAAAGAACAGAGGACGUUACUGUUUAGUGUCACCGAGGAUGUAAACGCUACAGUGGAACUGUUGGUAAUUUUAUUGUAUCACCCAGCAAUUACCGGCUCUGCAAUUGAAUCUUAUUGGGACAGAGCUUAAGGCAUGAGGAAAUAAAUAAAUAAAUAAAUUUAGUUUCGCGCAUCGCCCGUUCACUGCAAAAUAAUUCAAGAGUCGAUCGUCGCCAUACGGCGGCUGAAUAUAAAUUUUCCAAGUGUUAAACACAAAGGUGAAAAAUUAGCUAUUAAUUACGGAUGCAUGUAUCAGAUAUAUUAUAAACUUUGUGAUCUUUUGGUGCACUCUAUUUAAAGCUAAAAUUGUUUCUAUAUUGUUAAGUGAAAAGCAAAUUGUUUAAUAAAGUUUUAAUCGCGA